GGGCGCUCCCUCAGCCUCCUCAGCCGCCUCGUCGUCGUCCUCGUCGUCCUCCUGGUCCUGGUCGUCCGGCGGCGCCAUCAUGUUCAGCUGGGUGAGCAAGGACGCCCGGCGCAAGAAGGAGCCGGAGCUGUUCCAGACGGUGUCGGAGGGUCUGCGGCAGCUGUACGCGCAGAAGCUGCUGCCGCUGGAGGAGCACUACCGCUUCCACGAGUUCCACUCGCCGGCCCUGGAGGAGGCCGACUUCGACAACAAGCCCAUGGUGCUGCUGGUGGGCCAGUACAGCACCGGCAAGACCACCUUCAUCCGCCACCUGAUCGAGCAGGACUUCCCCGGCAUGCGCAUCGGGCCGGAGCCCACCACCGACUCCUUCAUCGCCGUCAUGCACGGGCCCAGCGAGGGCGUCGUCCCCGGGAACGCCCUCGUCGUCGACCCCCGGAGGCCCUUCCGCAAGCUCAACGCCUUCGGGAACGCCUUCCUCAACAGGUUCAUGUGUGCCCAGCUGCCCAAUCCAGUCCUGGAGAGCAUCAGCAUCAUCGACACCCCGGGGAUCCUGUCCGGAGAGAAGCAGCGCAUCAGCAGAGGGUACGACUUCGCGGCGGUCCUGGAGUGGUUCGCCGAGCGGGUGGACCGCAUCAUCCUGCUGUUCGACGCCCACAAGCUGGACAUCUCGGACGAGUUCUCGGAGGUGAUCAAGGCCCUGAAGAACCACGAGGACAAGAUCCGCGUGGUGCUGAACAAAGCGGACCAGAUCGAGACGCAGCAGCUGAUGCGGGUGUACGGGGCCCUCAUGUGGUCCCUGGGCAAGAUCAUCAACACGCCCGAGGUGGUGCGCGUCUACAUCGGCUCCUUCUGGUCCCACCCCCUGCUCAUCCCCGACAACCGCAAGCUGUUCGAGGCCGAGGAGCAGGACCUCUUCAAGGACAUCCAGUCGCUGCCCCGGAACGCCGCCCUCCGCAAGCUCAACGACCUGAUCAAGCGGGCCCGGCUGGCCAAGGUACACGCGUACAUCAUCAGCUCCCUCAAGAAAGAGAUGCCCAACGUGUUUGGCAAAGAGAGCAAGAAGAAGGAGCUGGUCAACAACUUGGGGGAGAUCUACCAGAAGAUCGAGCGGGAGCACCAGAUCUCGCCGGGGGACUUCCCCAACCUGCGCAAGAUGCAGGAGCAGCUGCAGACCCAGGACUUCAGCAAAUUUCAGACGCUGAGGCCCAAGCUGCUGGACACGGUGGACGACAUGCUGGCCAACGACAUCGCCCGCCUCAUGGUCAUGGUGCGCCAAGAGGAGGCCCAGAUGCCCAGCCAGGCGGUCAAGGGCGGCGCCUUCGAGGGCACCAUGAACGGCCCCUUCGGCCACGGCUACGGGGAGGGGGCCGGCGAGGGCAUCGACGACGUCGAGUGGGUGGUGGGCAAGGACAAGCCCACCUACGACGAGAUCUUCUACACCCUGUCGCCCGUCAACGGCAAGAUCACCGGCGCCAGCGCCAAGAAGGAGAUGGUGAAGUCCAAGCUACCCAACACGGUCCUGGGGAAGAUCUGGAAACUGGCCGACGUGGACAAGGACGGGCUGCUGGAUGACGAGGAGUUCGCCCUGGCCAACCACUUAAUCAAGGUCAAGUUGGAAGGGCACGAGCUGCCCGCCGACCUGCCCCCUCACCUGGUACCGCCCUCCAAGCGGAGGCACGAGUGACCGCCCCCUCCCCUCUCCCUCCCCCCACCCCCUGCUC